AUGAAUAAAGACCGCCAGGAAACCGCAAUCUUCAUCUUCACAGUUGUGACGCUACCUGGGCAUGAAUACAAGCGACAUCCGAGACAUGCAGAGCAAGCAAUGGGUAUUUUGGGCGGCGGCUGUACCACUGACAGUAGUGGUUUUAUUCGUGGCGCGAUUAUGGGCUUUCCCUGGGUUGACUCGGUCAUCCCUAAUGACUAA